GCCUCGGUAAACCGACAAAGGCCCAACAGAUUUCUGGAACCUCCUCCUCUUUCCCCACUUGGACGAGAACAGAUUCGAAACAAUUUCGCCCUCAAGCGUCCGCUGUCCUUCUCCCCCCAUUUACCUCGUGUCGCUGCGUUGUUGUCGCCUGGUCCUCCUGUCUGCUUUCCAAUCUCAACUUCCCAAGCACACCACUAGCCCCCAUCCGCGCAACCAGGAGAGGAGGAGACAGGCGGCUUGACUAUGGCAAGCCCACAGUGCUGCGCGAACCCGCCGACGCUGAACCCUGCCGGCGGGGAGGGCAAGGUCGUCGACAGCUUCGGCGGGAUCAGGGCGUACGUCGCCGGCGCCCAAGAGUCCAAGGCAGCCGUCAUCCUCGUCUCCGACGUUUUCGGGUUUGAAGCGCCGAAUCUGAGGAAGAUAGCUGACAAAGUAGCUUUGUCUGGAUACUUUGUCGUGGUGCCAGAUUUCAUUCAUGGGGAUCCAUAUGUGCCUGAAAGUGUUGAUAAACCAAUAGCAGUGUGGAUAAAGGAGCAUGCCCCGGAAAAAGCAUUUGAAGAGGCAAAACCAGUUAUUGCUGCUCUAAAGAAACAAGGAGCCUCUAGCGUUGGGGCUGCAGGUUAUUGCUGGGGUGCCAAGGUAGUUGUAGAGUUAGCGAAAGCUAAUGAGAUCCAGGCAGCCGUUAUGUUGCACCCUUCUUUUGUAACUGUUGAUGAUAUCAAAGAGGUGAAAUGCCCCAUCGCUAUACUUGGAGCUGAAAUUGACAAAAUGUCCCCACCAGAAGUGGUCAAGCAGUUCGAGCAGGUUCUAUCCUCCAACUCAGGGGUUGGUCACUUUGUGAAGAUUUUCCCUGGAGUUGCUCACGGAUGGACUGUGAGAUACAACAGCGACGAUGCCUCUGCUGUGAAGAGCGCCGAGGAAGCCCUGGCCGACAUGACUAGCUGGUUUGACCAGAACCUCAAGUGAAUCUGAAGCAGCAGCCCUCUUAUAAUAAGCUAUUGCCUUCGGCAGUCAUCAUGCAAGCAUCCGGGGUUUAUGUUAUGGAAUUAGAUAUAGGAUCUGUAUCUUCUGCGCAGGCUUGCUAGCAGUAUGACAUCCUCAUUUUGGAGUUUCCUUAUGCUGAACGUAGCACUACUGCACUGAAAUAAAAUGUGAUAUUUGCUGGUUUCGACAACUGA